CUGUGCGUAUAUUUAAUAGAGGUUAUGUGAGAUACUCUAUGAGUAAUAAGAAUUAAAUCUUAAAUAUUUAUAAAUAUCGAAUAAAUUCGGAUUGUGAAUAGGUUUUAUUUAUGAGCCAGUAAAUUCAAUCCUUUGUUGAACUAUACACAAUGCCUGCCUAUCAUUCCAGUUUCGUAAACCCCCCGCAAGUAGUUGGGAACACGGCGAUAUUACCUUUCAAAACACAGUUUAGGGGCCCCAUAAGUUCUCCCAGUAAUCAGGAGCAGGAUAUCAUCGAUGAGUCACUGUACUUCUUCAAAGCCAACGUAUUUUUCAGAACUUAUGAAAUCAAAUCUGAAGCUGACCGUCUGUUGAUCUACAUCACACUCUACAUAACGGAAUGUCUGAAAAAGCUUCAGAAAUGCACCAACAAAAACCAGGCACAAAACGAAAUGUACAGCUUGGCAAUCUCGAGAUUCGACAUACCGGGAGAUGCUGGUUUUCCCUUGAAUUCCGUAUAUUCCAAACCCUCAUCGACAUCGGAGGCGGAUUUGAUGAGGAACUAUCUGACUCAGCUCAGACAAGAGGUAGGUCACAGAAUUUGCGAUAAAGUUUUCGGAGAGGACGGGAAACCCAGCAAAUGGUGGUUGUGUUUCGCCAAGAAGAAAUUCAUGGAUAAGUCGUUGUCGGCUCCAGGACAAUGAGCGACGAAUUGAUUUAAUCUAAGGAUAUAACUAGAUUGUAUUGGAAUUUUUUUACUCGACGUGAGAAUUGAUAUCCCUUCUAUCGGGGAAUUGAGCCUAUAAUAUUUUGAGGUAUUAUAAUUUUUUUAUUUUAUAUCACAAAUUACUAUAUUGUUUCUAUUAUCUUUAUUCCAUUAAAAGUUUGCUUCAUU